AUGGAUGUGUUAAUGGCAAUGAUAGACUUGAAGGUGGUGUUGAGGGUGCGGAGAAUGAAAGAGUUGAGCGAAGAGAAGUUGCAUUGGUGUGAACACAAGAUGAGCAAAGUUAGAAUCGUCGCAGGGAAGCUUCAAACAGAUUUAGAUGUAAACAAGGGUGACACACCACUAUUUCGUGCUCUCUUCUUCUUCGCAUUUCGUCAUCAACAGUCCAUCCCUUGUCGCCGUCUGUCCCCGAUCUGUCACUGCCGUUUGUCGUUCGCCAUUUCUCAAACCACCGUUCUCUCACUCUUGCUCUCUCACUCAGCUCAACACACUCUCACUCUCUCGCUCCCUGUUUUGCAUCGAAGAACGCAGAUUCGUGGAGUACAUCAGUCAGCACAACACAGCGACACCAGUGUCAGACACGCUUCUGUCGGUCGUUGUGGAGCACAGUUCCGUCGGUCGUCGGGGAGCACAGUACAGCAACGCGCCAACGCCAGUGUCAGCUACUCAGCUGAGCCUACUUCAUUCUGCCAUCUUAGCCUUCAGGGACACAAAUACAAAAUGUCUGAAACAAAUGAUGUUUCUGAUGAAGAUGGUGAAGAUGAUGAUGUUGAUGCCAUGGAAGAUGAAGAUAUUGGAGGAUUUCAAUUUUAGACUUUUACUUUAUUAGAACAUUUAGUUGUUGCUUUGUUAUUUUCUUUUGUUUUUCGGUUGUGUUAUAUGAAGCUUUGAUUGUGUGAUUGUGUGUUUUAUGUUGAACUAGAUGCAUAUUUGUGAAGGAUUUGAAUGUGUGGUCUAGAGUACUUGUUAUAAUUGUAGUAUUAUGUUAAUUUAUUAUGUGUUUUGAUGUUAAAAUUGUUAA